ACUCGAGACUUCGAGCGCUAUGUUGUGGGCGUUUUGCACGCAUGGAGUUCAAUGUGGCAGCAAAUUGCAUGGGAUUGUGGUCAAGCGGAGGUCGUGAGGAGGCUCAGCUGGAUGACGUCAUGAGCAGAGCCAAACGGGGGCAGCCACAAGAAAGGGGACAUUCGACAACUCGUCUGGAUGGAACCUCGAAAGAGGUGGUGACCUGAGUAAUUUCGCGCCCUCUACGGAACUUCCUGCCAGCGCCCCUUCCGAACAUAGGUUGACGCUUGUGACUCAAACCAGCGCAACCAACUUGCAAGUUGUUCUGGCGUGGCUGUCGAGAAACCCCACCAGUCAUGAGGUAACCGAAUCGUUGGCCCAACCCAGUUCAAGGUCGUGCCGUCGCGGGUGUCCGCACGGGCCGCUGCCGCCACUCGCCAGACUCUUCUUGUUCCCCUCGUUUCGAAGAACUCAGCUGAGUCAUAUGGAUAACUGUGGCUCCGGCCGACGCGGCUUCUGGUGCACGUCAGUCGGAACAACUUUGACCAUAAGUCACAGGUCUGAGAACCCUCGGACAUCAACGUUGACCACUGCAUUUUGGAAUCGAUCAUCUCCAUGGAGCACUACGCGGUGGAAUCCAAGUUGGCGGACGCCAUAUUCGGCCCCGUGCUCCUCUGCAAAGCCCUUCGAAUGGGCAAUAAGCUCGUCGCCAUCAAACAAGUCGACCUGACUGCGGCUGCUCGACAAGUCUCUGCCGACGCUGCACGAAAGGUCCAGGAAGACAAUGCGAUGGAGCUCGCCGUGUACCAAGCGUUUCGUGCCAAUGGAGGCCACACACAUGUGCUCCAUCUCCACGAAACCUUUGACGAUGCGAAUCGACGCCGCCACCUUGUGCUCGAUUACUGCCCCGGUGGAGAUCUCUACGACGCCAUUAUCUCGGCAACCGCGCUGCCUCUACCGCUUGCCCAGCGGUACUUCCGGCAGGUGUGCCAAGGGCUGAGCUUCAUGCACUCGUGCGGAUUUGCCCACCGCGACAUCUCACUGGAAAACGUCCUUGUCGAUGCCAACAACCAUUGCAAACUGAUCGACUUUGGCCUCGCCACGCCGAUCAAGGAUGCUACGCCAUCGACAUCCAGCGUCGGCAAGCAGUUCUAUAUGGCCCCUGAAGUGUAUCAAGGAUUUCCGUAUGACCCCGUCGCUGCCGAUAUGUGGUCGCUUGGUGUGCUGCUCUUCAUCAUGAUCGUGGGCUCGCCACCCAUGGAAAAGCCCACAGCGGAAGACGAGCGAUUUGUUCUCAUUCACAAGGACGGCAUCCAAGGGCUGCUGGCGGCAUGGAAAAUUGACGAUCGCUUCUCGUCCGACGCAGUCGCCGUGCUCGACUCACUCAUGUGUGUUCAACCCAGACGAAGGUUGACAAUGUCGGCUCUUCUUCGCCACCCAUUCCUGCAGAAAGAGCUAGAUAUCCUCCAUCCACCAGCGUCGAGAGCGCCAACUCCUCAGCUCCCACAGGACCGCGCAUCGCCAAGUCCCGUGCCGUGGACGGCAUUGCUGCAACUGUUUCCUCCUGCGAUGACACGACCUGUUUAA